UGCAAGAGGUCAAAGGUCAUUGAAUUGGGUCACCAAGGCAAAUCUUUAAAAAAUAAAGAACAGUUUUCUUCUCUGACUAUACAUACUAGUGUGUAUGAAUGUGGAAACUGUAGAAUAUAAUUACCAAGACUAAAUAUGGAAGGCAGCACCGUCAUAUUUGCAGUAGAUUCAGGCCAGUGCUCUGACGAUGAGGACGAUGAUCUGCAGAGGAAGGAAGAGUUACACCAGCUACUGAGUGAGCAACUGGCUGAUGACCUGCUCGACGACACUCUGUCAAUGGAGGGGGAGAUAUCGCUACUCUCCACACCACAAGACUCGGGGAGCCCUAACCUGUCUCAAACCGAUACUACACCAGAUGAGUCACCAUCACAUGACAAUCACAUGACAACAGCACCAGACCAGUUCACACCAGACCCUCUUCAACCUUCCUCCCCUGUGCACUCCAGUGGACUCCGCUCCCCUCAAUCACCACCACCUGUGGUGGGUGUGGCUUAUCUGCACGAUGAGCCGGACUUGUUGAGCAGAUCUCCCUACAAAUUACGACCGCCUCUCCCUUUGAGUUCUGAUAUUUCUGACGUAUUUGCAGGUACUAGCCAAUCGUAUGCCAACCACUCGAUUUCCCUCCCGACAAUUAUGAGAGAAAGUGACAAUCAAUUGUUCCACCAUGGAUCAUCUCAGGAUGGUUUGCCCCUAUCACAUAACAUUCAGACUGGAUCACAUGACCUAACGAGCUUGUCACAUGACCUACACUAUACGCACUACUCCGAGAGUGAUAUCAGUUCGUAUUCUGAUAAUUUCCCGACAGUGUUUAGCACUCACGAUCCUACUGAGCAUGCUCAGACCUCCUCCGUAACCAAUGAAUACCCGACUCCAAUUUCUCAAGCAAAAGUCACCACUGGAUACACUACUGAGCAUGCUCACUACGCCCAUUCCCAUCACGAUCCACCCCCACACGACACAUCAUCACAAGUCACACUCCUCACACCGCACACACAUGCAACGGGUAGACUGGAACAGCUGGAGAUAUUGUAUGAUGCUCGAGGGCGACAGAUUAAUCAGCUGACCUCUCAGCUGACGGCCAAUGCUGACGACUCUGAGAGACACAUUCGAAUCUUGAGACAUGAAAAGUUGCUGAUUGAGAAUGAGAGAAAUGAGUUUGCUAUUCGCUUGGAGCAGCUGGAGAAUUCUUAUCAAGCAACGGAGGAAACCAUAGCAACCACACAAGGAGAGCUGGCAGCUGAGAAAAUAAAAAGUUGUGCUCUGGAAAGCAACAAAGCAGAGUUGAUAUCUAGGCUGCAAGCUGCAGAAUCUACUGUCAACAGCCUCACUAAACAAGUUGCUGACUUAACUUCCUCUGAUACUCUGAGUCGUAUCCGUGACAACUACAGCCAGGCGAUGAGUGCAGCUGCUUACGAACACAAGCAAGAGUUACUUUCAGUGCAAGAAGAGGUCGAUCACCACAGACAUCAGCUGGAGGAGAAGAAUACUGUCAUUUCACAACUGGAGCAGCAAGUUCGAGAGCUUGGUGACCAUGGUGACCAAAUACCACACCCCCACAAACCACGCCAAGAGGAGGCUACCUACUCUCUGGUACAGCAACAGCUGCAGUACGGGUACGAGGGGUGUGAGGGUGUGAGAGUAGUGGAGCUGGUGGGACGUGUGGAGGACCUCACGUUCCAGCUGUCCACAACUCAAGAGGAACUGGAGCAAUCCAUUCAGAGAGCUGCACAGGCCGAGUCUGAGUUGAGGUGUGGUGGUGCUAGACUCGGGGAACUAGAGCUGCUCAACUCAGAGCUAUCAGAGCAACUGGCCACGUUACAGUCGCAACUAGACACCGUCACAACUCAGGCUGAGGCUGAUAAAAGAGCAGCUCUAGAACACUGUCGAGCGGCAUGUCUACAACUCCACGAGGACUCCACUCAGCGACUGAAAGAGACGAUGGAGAAUGAGAGACAGAAACUAACACUAGACACUGACAGAUCACUAGCAAGGCUCAAGACUGAGCUAGCAGCAGUUCAGGAACAGUACGUAGCUCUGGCAAUGGACAAGGACAGACUAGAGGGAGAGAGGACUGAAUCCAAUACCAAGCUACAGUCUAAAGUUGUUGAAACAGUUUCGCCUCCAUCGUCGAUACCUCGUCAGUCAGGGGAAGAUACCGGACCACCCUCCUCUCUGGAUAGUGCUGUUAGAGAGGCGGUCAGGUCAGCCAGGAUAGAGUGGCUUAAAGAGAAAGAAACGUCUCUGACUGGUCAUAUUGAGAGUGCAGUGUGUGCAGCUCAGAAGCUGUGGAGGGAGCAGCAUCUCAUGGAGCUGGACAAACUCAAAAAGCAACAUGAAGCUGUUCUAGAGGCUCACAGAACAUCGGCGGAGGGGAAAGAAACAGAGCCAGUUCAAACAACUAUUCAAAAGACAAAGUUGGAAUGUGACCAAAAGUAUCGCGCUCAGUUGACAGUGACUCUAGCCACUGAGAGGAGACAAUGGGAGGCUGAGAGCCGUGGGAAAUGGGCGGGGCAGGAGAGGACGGUAUUAGCGACUGCACAUCAAGAGUGGCGUACUGCACAGGAGAGUGCUAUUGCCAGAGAGGUCGAAAGGUCAAGAAUGGAAUGGGAGGAGUCUCAUAAACACAAGACGCAGGUUGCUGUACAUGAUGCAGUUCUCAAGGCUAAACGUCACUACGAGGGUGUGGUCAAGAAGAUGCACUCUGAACUGGUCGUAAAAUACGAGACGCAGAAAUCAACAAUGACCAAUGAAGUCAGACAAUUAGAGACGAGGCUGGCAUCACUACUACAGCGGCAACAUGCUCAAGACCCCAGGUCACAAGUUCAACAAAAUGUGAUGAAAAAUGGCGCUAGUAGCGAGACGGGCGCAGGUGGUAGCGAUUGUCAAAGUAGAGAGGAUGAACGAACAUUUAGUGACGUACGAACGAUGAAUGGUGGCGAGGAAGGAAGUGAUGGUCAGGGGGUGGUCCUUCAUCGGUUAGUAGGCGGAGUCAGCGAUGAGAGUGUGGAUACUCUGAGAGGACUGUUAAAGAAUACGGCCGGAGAUUUGAAGAAAGAUAUCUUAUUACUGUUGGCUGGUGAACUGGAGUCUGUUCGUAAGCUACACAGAGAUGAGAUUGCCCGAACAAGAGAGUCCACAGCACAGCAAGUCAAGCAAUACUACCUUCAGUGUCUCCACCAAUUGGUCAAUUCCAAGUCACGUGACAAAGAGUCGAGAUCACAUGAUCCUCUGACAAACCCUCCAAAAACAGCCGUUUCAUCUCAUAGAACUCACCUACAAAGUUACCGUCAGAAGUCACAUGACACACGAGCAAAAUCACAUGGUGUUGCGUCGUUGGACCAUCCUUCUACAAGCCACACUACAAAACCUAGCAAAAGUACGAAGCAUGCAACGACCAACAGUCCACACCGAGCCUCCAUUGUGAAAACUGCUUCAACUCAACCCGGAAACAAGCCUGUUAUUAAUCAAUCAACUACUUGUUGUACGAAGUUGUCGUCUUCAGGAGCUUCCCUAAAGAAAGGAACAAUUUCUGGAACAUUGAAAACCCACACAACAAGGGAAACACGAACUAGUGAUGCUGUUAGGCAGGGUUCUAAAAGGAACUUGUUUGGAACUAACUAGCUCUCUCAAAUUAAGCUCAAAUUAGCAGUCAUUAUUAUUAUUGUACAUUUUCACUUCAGUCUUCAUUUUUACUAUCACAACAUAAUUCAUGUAAUAA